AUGGAAGAGGUAGACUUUGAUGCGAUGGAGGAGGAGAUGGAGAUGGAUGGUGACUUGGAGGAUGGGGAGCUUGCAGAGCUGAAGUCGCUUUCACACUUUGCCCGUCUGGACACCAUGGUAACAGUUGUGGAUGCUCUGAAUGUUUAUGAUGUCCUUAGCAGUUUGGAGACUCUAGCCGAGAAAAACAUCGCGGGCAUGGUUGGCAACGAUGAGGAGAAAGACGACCGCAGCAUCGCACAGCUCAUGCUGGACCAGAUCGAGUUCGCAAACGUCAUCUUGCUAAGUAAGGUGGACCUGGUGAAAGACAAGAAUGCCUUGCAGGAGAUCCGAGCUCUGCUGCAAAAGCUCAAUCCAGCAGCGAAGGUAAUCGUUCCCAGUAAGCCAUAUUUCGCAGAUGUACCGCUGAGCGAUUUGAUUAACACCCACAUGUUUGAUAUGGAUAAGGCAGAGUCUUCUGCAGGGUGGAUGCAGGAGUUGGCCAAAGCAGCCUCAGAGGCCGGACACACCCCGGAAACCGAGGAAUACAACAUAUCAAGCAUGGUCUUUCGCAGCCAUGAGCGGCCCUUUCACCCAGGCAGGCUUGCCACUGUUCUGGCCGGCUUCGGCAGCUACGAGAGUGGCAUCGCGGCAGGCCAGCGCGACGAUGGCCACGCCGAGGCCAAUGUGUUUUCUGGAGUGGUGCGUGCCAAAGGACACCUGUGGGUAGCAAGCGCCAACGCGCGGCCAAUAGAUCUGCAUGUAGCGGGCCGGCAUGUUCAGCUCGGAGCGUCCGAGAUGCCUUUUCUGGCAGCUGUACCUAAAGAGGAGUGGGAGGAUGCCUUUCACGAGUAUCACAGAGAGCUGAUGUCAGCUGGGUCCUGGCACGCCAGCCAUGGGGACCGCGGGAGCAUGGUAGUCUUCAUCGGAGUUGGGCUGGACAAGGCUGGGAUCGAAGCGGAGCUGGGAACUGCACUUCUCACGGAUGCGGAGAUGGCUGAGGGAGAGGCAAGCUGGGAGGCAUUGGAUGACCCAUUCUUUGCGGGUGAGUACUUUGAGAACCACGAGCACUUGGAGGAACCAAAGUUCGUGAUUUUGGAGGAGUAG